UUAAGUGUGAUUUCUACAAAUCUUUUCCUCCUUUCGUUUUCUGGGGUUGGAAGGGAGAGGAACAGAGUCACCACUGUUACUCAUUUUUCAUCCUAACAAACAUAGCAUAUAUCGCCUCCCUUCCCCCAAGAUAUAUCAAUAUCUCUUCAAAAAUUCGAUCUUUACUCAUUAAUCUCACAACCCCUCUUCUCAAGAAUGGGAUUUUCAUAUACCCACUUAGUAAAAAUCGAUUCUUUGAAUGUCCCAAAUUGUCUGUGAGUGUUUUCUUGUUUUCUCAAGCUCUACAUUGAAAAGGGUAAUUUUUGGUUUUUUGUGAGGAAGUCUAGAUUGAUGGCUAGAAGGGAUAUACAAGCGUUUGAGUGUAAAAAGGAUGGGAGUAUGUCUAUUUCUCAUUUGGGGCUACAAUGGAGUCUCCAAGAUUCAAACUUUUGUCCUGGUGGAUUGUUUGCAUCAGUUGGUCAGAUGGGAAGUAUGGGGUUUGGUGUUUCAUCACCUAAUCCUUCUGAUUCCCGGGAUGAAAAUGGUGGAUUUAAGCUACCUUAUUCCGAUUUGUGUUUGAAAUAUUUAUCAUUCUCCGAGGGGUUUAAGAUUGCAGGCAAUGGGGAGGAAGAAGGGGUUGUAAAGGAGGAGAAGAAGAAAGGUGGGCUAAAGAUUAAGCUUAAGGUUUCAAAUCCUUCAUUAAGGAGGUUAAUAAGUGGUGCGAUCGCCGGGGCGAUAUCUAGAACUGCUGUAGCUCCAUUGGAGACAAUAAGAACACAUUUGAUGGUGGGAAGUAGUGGACAUUCUAGUACUGAGGUGUUCAAUAGUAUCAUGAAGACUGAAGGAUGGACUGGAUUGUUUAGGGGAAACUUUGUUAAUGUGAUUAGAGUUGCCCCUAGCAAAGCUGUAGAGCUUUUUGUGUAUGAUACUGUUAAUAAGAACUUGUCAUCUAAACCCGGUAACCAGUCCAAAAUUCCAAUUCCUGCCUCAUUAGUUGCAGGAGCCUGUGCCGGAGUCAGCUCUACCUUACUGACAUAUCCACUUGAGCUAGUGAAGACUCGGUUGACGAUUCAGAGAGGAGUUUACAAUGGCUUAUUCGAUGCAUUUGUAAAAAUAUUGAAAGAGGGUGGGCCUGCUGAGCUCUAUAGAGGUCUCACUCCUAGUGUUAUAGGAGUCAUUCCCUAUGCGGCCACAAACUACUUUGCUUAUGAUUCAUUGCGAAAAGCCUACAGAAAGAUUUUCAAGGAAGAGAAGAUUGGAAACAUAGAGACUCUUCUAAUUGGAUCAGCAGCUGGUGCUAUAUCUAGCACUGCAACCUUUCCUCUAGAGGUGGCUCGUAAGCACAUGCAGGUGGGUGCUGUUAGUGGAAGAGCAGUUUACAAGAAUGUAAUUCAUGCUCUUGUGAGUAUACUGGAACAGGAUGGGAUUCAGGGUCUGUAUAAAGGGCUUGGUCCCAGCUGCAUGAAGUUAGUUCCUGCCGCAGGAAUAUCUUUCAUGUGUUAUGAAGCAUGCAAGAGGAUAUUGGUUGAGGCAGAAAAUGAGAAGUAAAGGAGCUCUUUCAGAAAUAUGCUAUGAAUAGUAGGCAAAGGGUAGGGAAAAUCUCUUUAUACGAUUGAGUUUUAUUUAUCUUGCUCCAUUUUCCAGACGCUGGAAAUUUUGUUUUGGAUUGAGCCUGGUUUGUCAGGUGAGAAAUGCUAAUACUGGUUUUAGUCCUUUUUUCACUACUGAAUCUAAGAUAAUGAAAUGCAGUUUGAUGGUAAGAUAUUGCCAUUGCCGCUUUGUGAUUGUGAAA